AUGAAGAUUAGCAAAAUGCCCAAGCUCACGCCGUCUGGGCUCAGAAUUAACCAGGCGCGGCUGUCCGAAACGAUCCACGAAACCUGCAAAUGGGGUUCUGCCCAUCGCUGGGGAGAAGGCCCCAAUGAUACCGGGAUGGCUCGUCUGACGUUAACAGACGACGAUGCAAAGGUGCGACGGUGGUUUGCCGACGAGGUCCGCAAGCUCGGAUGCUCGCUCUCCAUCGACCAGAUGGGCAACAUGUUUGCCCGGCAGAGCGGCCGUCUAAGGUCUAAUGCGCCCAUGAUCGCAAUGGGGAGUCAUCUGGAUACACAGCCCAGAGGUGGUCGCUACGAUGGCAUCCUAGGUGUGACGAGUGCUCUGGAGGUGCUGCGGACGAUGAGGGAGAACGACUUUCAGACAAACUACGAUGUUGGCAUCGUCAACUGGACCAAUGAGGAAGGCGCCCGGUUCCCCAAGUCCAUGUGUUCGUCUGGAGUCUGGGCUGGGGGCAUUCCGAUCCAGGCUGCAUGGGACCUCCGUGAUAUCCAGGACGAGAGAGUAUCACUCCGGUCGGAACUGGAGAGACACGGCUAUCUUGGUGAUAUUCCCUGCUCGCACGAGGCAUAUCCAUUGGGGGCGCACUUUGAACUGCACAUCGAGCAGGGUCCCAUCUUGCCAGAAACCAGCCGGUCUAUUGGAGUGGUGACGGGCGCCCAGGGCUAUCGCUGGCUCACAUUCACCGUCACUGGCCAAGAUGCACACACAGGGACGACACCAUUCAGUGCGCGCCGCGAUCCCCUUCUGGCUGCAUCGAAGAUGAUCGUGGCGAGCAACGAGGUGGCCAAGCGCCACGGUGCCCUCGCCUCCACGGGCAUCCUCAAGCUCCCAGAAAACUCGUCUACCAACACUGUGGCUUCAGAGGUGGCUUUCACGCUGGAUAUCCGGCAUCCAAAGGAUGACGUUGUACACGCCGUGGAAAAGGAGUGUCUGCAGACCUUCCAGCGCAUCUCGUCCGAGGAUGGAAAGGGUGUCCGCCUUGAAUGGACGAUGGACACAGACUCUCCAGCUACGCAGUUCCACCCUGACUGUAUCCAGUCUAUCAAGACUGCCGCAAAUGGGCUACUUGGGGAGGAGGGCUGGAUGGAGAUUACGAGUGGUGCCGGCCAUGACAGCGUGUAUACAAGUCGACACUGCCCGACAGCGAUGAUCUUUGUUCCUUGUCGUGACGGUGUCAGCCACCAUCCUACCGAAUAUUGCACCCCGGAAGAUUGUGCACUCGGGACUCAGGCUCUGCUGGAGAGCGUUGUAGAUUAUGACCAGCGUCUGUUCAACAAGGGAUAG